CAACAACAACAACAACAACAGUCUUAUUCAAUCGCUUCAACUUGUAGUAAUAACAAUAAUACUAGUAAUAAUCCAUUGGGUGUACCACUGGGCAGUAGUACACCAUCGACGUCAGCAUCGAACUUGUCUUCGGCAUCAACAUCGCGAGCCGCAGCUUCGAGUUGUUGUUUCUCGCAGUUGCAAUCGACGUCUUCAUUUGCGCCCUCGCAUGCACUCUCUGCACAACAGCAGCAGGCACGUUCUCGAGUGCCCUACCCCACCGGUAUGACUGCCGUAUCACAUUCACAAGAUGCUGCCCUUCUACGGCACCAACAACAACAACAACAGCACCAAAUGAUGAUGCAGCAGACAUUAACGAACACCAGCAAUCAUCAUUUACCACAACUACAGCCACAACAACCUUAUAUUUAUCCAUCUUGCAUGAAUGGCACCAGUAAUAUGCAACAACAACAACAGAUGGGCGAAUCAAAUGCUUUAUUGCAAAUGCGACAAAGUGUCGAUGAGCUGUCCACAAAUAUAGAAAAGAGGAGUCGAUUCGCUCUAAGAUUUGCACCAUGCGCCAGUGACUACAGUAAUAUGGAUGCGAAUAGUGCGACUCGUCCCAUGCAUCCACAACAAAUUUCACCUAUGUCACAACCUCAGCAACUGUUUAAUCCGUAUCAUCAAGCAACUCGUCAACGAUCGACCCUUGACAAGUAUCCAAUGAACGGUCAAAUGCUGCCACACCAACAGCAAUUCACUCAACAAUAUUAUCCGUCGAGAAACGUUUACAGUAAUUAUCGAUAUUGCUGA